AUGAAGAGAAAGCACAGUCAAACUCAAAAGCACCGCAAUAAUCCACCCACCCCAGAUCCAACACCAAGAACUGUCAUUGAAGUGGACGACAACAGCGACACAGGCGAUGACAACCAGUCAAAACCAGGGAAUUCACACCGUAGCUGGGUUUGGAACCAUCUGAAACCGCAGGGAGAAUUUGCUAUCUGCCAAGCCAUCCUCAAGAACGGCAAGAUGUGCGGCUCAGAGUUGAAGAGAGAUAAAAGUGCUAGCACUAAGAACCUCCACGGGCAUCUGAAGAAUAUGCAUCGCCUCUCCGAUCCGAAGCUUGUGAAAAAGGCGAACUCGCAGAUUGAUAUAGAGAAAUGGGCAAAGAACUCAAAGUUUGAGCCAAAAGUUGAGCUGAAUAAAGAGUCACUCAAAACUGCUCUGGUAUACUUCAUUGCCGAUUGCGAUCUAUCAUUUUCUAUUGUCGAAAAGAAGUCAUUUCACAACCUUAUCCGACUUGUGAAUGAAGAUGCAAUGCCCUUGAUGGACAACACCUGCCGAACUGGAAUUUCGAACCAUCUGACUUGGAUGCAUAUGGCAUCACAGGAGAAUAUCAAGAUGAGAUAUCUUGCUAAACAGGAUUACGUUUCGUUUACGGAGGAUGCUUGGACAGCCCCAAAUUACACUGCCUUCAUGGCAGUAACAGCACACUUUAUCACUGAAAAAUUUGAGAUGGUAGAUUUAACCAUUGCGAUUCCAAAUGUUCGAGGUAAGUCUUAG